AUGUCACAACCCCAAAGUCCCUCGCUCGACGACUGCAGCGUGUCGCAAUAUCGACGUAUACUAACCCCCGAUGGCGAUCCCGCGUCGACGGUAACAUACCCCGUAAGCAUUUCCAGCUGUGAUCGCGCUCUCCACGAAAGUAUCGUACCGGUAGACGAAUGCUCGACUGCAGCCGAUGCCACCAACAGCGAACAUACGCCACAGGAAAGCCGUGAUUCCUCGCCCAGCAGUCAAAUAGACUCUUCCCCGAAUGUCAACGGAGAAACAUCCAUCAAGGAAACCACGACUCAUGCCGACAAGAUGGCUGAUUGGGAACGUAAAGCAAAGGGCGAAGAGGAAGAGACUCUGCUAGCAAAUAUUGUGAACAUAGAUUCAAUCCUCCCCAACUACGAACAGAUCUCCAUUGACCAAUCCAUCAUCCGGCAGCUGGAGAGCGUGACAAAGCUGGCACUGAAGCGGCCCAAAGCUUUCAGUCACGGCGUUCUUGUCGGCAACAAAAUCACAGGAGCGAUCCUCUAUGGGCCACCGGGUACCGGGAAGACCCUUUUGGUAAAAGCUCUGGCUAAACAAUCGGGCUUCAACAUGCUUUCGAUAUCAAGUGCUGACAUUUGGCGGAAGCAUUGGGGCGAAGACGAACAGAUGAUCAGGGCCACGUUCUCCUUGGCUAGGAAGAUCAAGCCCUGCAUCAUAUUUAUCGACGAAGCAGAUGCCAUGCUCGGGGUCAGGAAGGAGGACGAGCAGCGGCAUGUCCGUGCAUACAUAAACCUGUUCCUCAUGGAGUGGGAUGGUUUGGUCUCGGACAUUGAAUCGCCUUUCAUUUUAUUAGCCACCAACCGACCACUCGACCUUGACCCGGCGGUGCUCCGACGCGCUCCGGUGAAGAUACAGCUCGGAAUUCCCACGGAGGCUGAGAGAUGUAAGAUUCUCGAGCUUCUGCUGACGGGUGAGGACCUUCAUCCAGACAUCAACCCGAAAACGUUGGCCAAGAGGACACCGUACUACACUGGAUCUGACCUGAAGAACCUUUGUGUUGCGUCGGCUCUGGAGUGUGUUCGAGAGCAACAGGAGGAUUCGGAGAAACGACAGCUUCAGAAACGGCACUUCGAAGCCGCUAUAGCCAUGAUCCGGGCAACGAAGAUGGACCAGAAGAGUGCGAACCAGUAUGAUAGUUUUAGCAAGAGACCGACAUCUAGAGAUCCACCAAGCAAGACAUAA